UCAUCAAUGAAUAUAAUGGAUUCUUUAUGGGUAUUUUUUCUUGAAGGGUCCAACUCUCUUUUUUUUUUUAACUUGUUCUCCUCUUUUGUGGAAAUAGUUUUAGGCAUUGAUAACUGCGCGUCUUCUGCAUACCGAACCCCUAAAGAGUCGGUUUCUUCAUUUCAUUGGAUUCCCGAGAAACUUCGUUUCAGUUGUUUUCUUGUUUCUAAGAUCUUGAAAAAAAGAGGGCAAUUUUUGGCUUUUGAUUUCCAAGGAAGAAAGAUGAGCUACUACAAUAAUCAGCAGCCUCCUGUGGGUGUUCCUCCUCCCCAAGGGUACCCUCCAAAGGAUGCAUAUCCUCCACCUGGAUACCCUCCACAGGGGUAUCCACCACCACAACAGGGCUAUCCUCCUCAGGGUUACCCUCCACAGGGUUAUGCACCCCAGUAUGCCCAGCCUCCACCCAGACAAGACAACACCACUGGCUGCCUUGAAGGAUGUUUAGCAGCACUCUGCUGUUGUUGCCUUUUGGAUGCUUGCUUCUGAAGACAUCCUCUGGUUCUGGGCUGUUUCUGUGUCAGUGGUGGUGAUGGUGGUCUAUUCAUAUACAUAUAUAUAUUUAUAAUUUCUUCAUGUUUUAAGACUUUUAAAAGUAGAUUCAAUGGGAGAAAAAUGCUUGCUGAAAUCUGAACAUGAUUCUUUGCUUGGGCAUCUGUAAAGCAAGACUCCAAACAUUCUGUGCACUUUUCUUAAUGUGGAGAAACAUUUCUUGUUGGUUUGGAUUCAAUAAUAUAGUAUGCUUUUCCUGUUCAA